UUGCAGAGGACAGAAGUGUGAAGUCUACUAUCCGGUCUUGUUGUGUAUUGUUUACAUCGCACAAAGCUCACUUGAAACAUUGCAAUAAGCACAUACGGAUACAGAGUCUGCUCAGCAUCUGCGUAUGGUUCCUGGUGAUCCGACGGUCGCUAGGGUCGUCGCGUGCCAGUGUAGCGGGUGUGACGGUGGAUUCUCAGUGAGGUGCAAAAUUCAGAAGCGAGGAAGGUCACAUCGUCUGCAGAGGCUGAAGUACAGUGUACCAGGCCAGUAAAAGGGCUUAGAAGGACAAUAAUACACUUGUCAAUCACCUUACUAAGAUGUCAGAAAAAAAUAAGAGCGUAACAAUGAAGCCUCAACUUGUGCUAUCUGUACUGGCACUAGUGAUAGGCAACUCUAGGAGUACGUGGAAUCUCUCUGAUCCAGUGAUGCAAAUCGCCAACAACAGGGUCAGUGUUACUCUUGAAGGUCCGAAAAACCUGAAAGCAGUUAUAUUCUUCAUGAGCAUAGAUAAGAGCUUCGAGAAGUUCAAGGAUGCCGAGUACAAAUUCAAACUGGUGUGUAAACGAGUGUCGAGAAGAAAAUCCUGCAGCGGCGGCGGAGGACCAGCGCUCGCGGCGGGCCAGACGGUCCACUAUGCCGUCGUCGCCAAGCUGGGUCGGAGGCGGCAGAAACUCCUCGGCCAAACUUGGACACCUGUCUGGGCCACAUCGAGUAAGUAUUUUUUGUUUUUGCUUUCUUUGUAAAAUCUCCUUUGCAUC